AUGCAAAUCCUAUGUAGUAAAACUGCUUCUCAUACUUUUUCUCUAUACCGCUUCCAAGAAACUUGUUUACGAGUUCUCUCAUUCUGCAACUCUAACUCCCUCAAAGAAGGAGUAUGCAUUCAUAGCCCCAUAAUCAAGCUGGGUCUUCAACAUGACUUGUAUUUAAACAACAAUUUGUUAUCUUUGUAUGCUAAAUGCUUUGGAGUUCAUCAAGCACGCCACUUGUUUGAUGAAAUGCCUUACAGAGAUGUCGUAUCAUGGACUACUGUUCUGUCUUCUCACACCAAGAAUAAGUAUCAUUUUGACGCCCUUGAAUUGUUUGAAAUGAUGAUAGGUUCGGGUAUGUACCCGAAUGAAUUUACAUUGUCUAGUGCAUUAAGAUCAUGUUCUGCUUUAGGGGAGUUUGAUUGUGGGAUGCAGAUUCAUUCAGCUGUUGUGAAGCUUGGUUUAGAGAUGAAUCCUUUUCUUGGCACUUCUUUGAUUGAGUUUUAUACCGAAAGUUGUUGUAGUAGUGUUGAAGGGUAUAACUUGCUUUCCUUGGUGAGGAAUGGUGGUGAUGUUGUGUCUUGGACAACGAUGAUUUCUUCUUUAGUUGAAACUGGUAAAUGGGGUGAAGCUUUUGAAAUCUAUGUCAAAAUGAUUGAAACAGGUGUUUACCCAAAUGAAUUUACAUUUGUUAAACUAUUAGGUGCGGUGUCUUCUUUUCUUGGCUUGGCGUAUGGGAAAAUGUUGCAUGCACAGCUAAUUAUAUUUGGGGCUGAAAUGAAUUUGGUGUUAAAAACAGCUGUUGUUGAUAUGUAUUCAAAAUGCAGAAGGAUGGAAGAUGUUAUUAAGGUCUCCAAUUUGACACCUGAAUACGAUGUGUGCUUAUGGACCACCAUUAUCUCUGGAUUUAAUCAAAAUUUGCAGGUUAGAGAGGCUGUCACGGCAUUUCUCGAUAUGGGGUUAUCUGGUAUCAUACCAAAUAAUUUUACGUAUUCUAGUUUGUUAAAUGGUUGCUCCUCAAUCUUAUCAUUGCACCUAGGGGAACAAUUUCAUUCGCGGGUUAUCAUUAUUGGACUUGAGGAUGAUCUUUAUGUAGGAAAUGCGCUGGUUGAUAUGUACAUGAAAUGCUCCUGCAGCACUUCAAAUGCUGCCAAAGCUUUUAGAGGGAUAGCAUCACCAAAUGUCAUCUCUUGGACUUCUUUGAUAGCUGGUUUUGCAGAAAAUGGAUUAGAAGAAGAAUCUUUUCAGUUGUUUGCUGAGAUGCAAGCAGCAGGAGUACAACCGAAUUCCUUUACACUGUCUACCAUUCUCAGAGCUUGCAGCAAAAUGAGGUCUGUUGCUCCAACUAUGAUGCUCCAUGGACAUAUAAUAAAAGCAAAAGCAGACAUAGAUAUAGCUGUUGGGAAUGCUCUUGUAGAUGCUUAUGCUGGAGGGGGGAUGACGGAUGAGGCAUGGUCUGUAAUUGGUAUGAUGAAACAUAGAGAUCCCAUCACAUACACAUGUUUAUCCGCAAGACUAAACCAGAAGGGGGAUCAUGGAAUGGCAUUAAAAGUUUUCAUUCACAUGUGCAAUGAUGGGAUUAAGAUGGAUGAAUUCAGUUUGGCAAGUUUUUUAUCAGCUGCAGCUGGUUUAGGCACAAUGGAAGCUGGAAAACAGCUGCAUUGUUAUUCAGUCAAAUCAGGCUUCCAGAGAUAUAACUCAGUUUCAAACAGCUUAGUUCACUUGUACAGCAAAUGUGGUAGUGUGCAUGAUGCAUAUAGAGCUUUCGAAGAUAUAAAUGAGCCAGAUGCAUUUUCAUGGAAUGGUUUGAUAUCUGGAUUGGCAUCAAAUGGAUAUAUAACCCAUGCUCUUUCUGCUUUUGAUGACAUGAGGUUAGCUGGAGUUAAACCUGAUGCUAUUACGCUCUUAUCAUUGAUUUCUGCUUGCAGCCAUGGUGAUUUAUUAGACCUGGGUCUUGAGUAUUUCCAUUCUAUGGAAAAAGUAUACCAUAUAACACCAAAAUUGGAUCACUUUGUGUGUUUGGUUGAUCUCCUUGGUAGAGGUGGCCGCCUAGAGGAAGCUAUGGGAGUUAUUGAAACAAUGCCGUUCAAGCCAGACUCUUUGAUUUGUAAAACUUUAUUAAAUGCUUGCAGUUUACAUGGAAAUGUUGCACUAGGAGAAGAUAUGGCAAGGAGAUGUCUUGAGCUUGAUCCAUCUGAUCCUGCAAUAUAUUUGCUUCUUGCAAACUUAUACGACAACACUGGACUCUCUGAUUUUGGAGAGAAGACACGUCGGUUGAUGAGAGAAAGAGGUUUAAGGAGAAGUCCCGGGCAGUGCUGGAUGGAGAUAAGAAGCAGAGUUCAUCACUUCUCGGCAGGAGACAAGAUUAAUGAUGAGAUUUAUGAAAAGCUGGAGUUUGUUACAACUGAAUUUAGGAAUAGAGGGUAUCAAUACCAAGAGAAUGAAGAUAAGUUAUACCACUCAGAGCAAUUGGCAGUUGCAUUUGGUGUUCUUAAUGUCCCAACUAUAGCCCCAAUUCGCAUAUACAAGAAUUCACUUAUCUGCCCUCACUGCCAUACUUUUAUAAUGCUUUCCACAAAAGUGGUUGGUAGGGAGAUAAUUGUGAGGGAUAGGAAGCGAUUCCAUUUCUUUAAGGAUGGCCAGUGUUCUUGCAGAGGUCACCCCUGA